AUGAGCUCACGGCCAUCAUACCUCAUCAUCGGGGCCGGAGUCUUCGGUGUCUCCACUGCCUACCACUUGAUCAAGAAGUACCCCAAUGCACACAUACAACUCGUUGACCGAACACGAUACCCCUGCCCUCUUGCUGCAUCCUUGGACUGGAACAAAGUCAUCCGUGCAGACUAUGGCAACCUCUUCUACAUGGAAAAGGCGUUGGAAGCCAUACAGUACUGGCGACAUGAUCCACUCUUCAGGCAGUUCUACCAUCAAAGCGGUAUGAUCAAUAUCGACAAUACCGGCCUAGGUGGAGAGAUCGUGAAGAACUAUGAGAAGCUUGGUAUCGAAGUCGAUGCGGAGAUGGUGAGCCCCGAACGGUUCAAAGAGAUGUACGGUUCUUUCUACGAUAACACCGAUUUCUCCGAGGUUGGCGAAGUGUUCGUGAACAGAGACAGCGGGUGGGCUGAGGCUACUAAAGCCUUGACUGCUUACACUGACGCCGCGAUCGAGGCAGGAGUCAAGUAUACCGCAGCAGACAUCGACGUGUUGACAUUCGGUGCUGAUGGAGAAUGUACUGGAGUUCUAACAAAAGCUGGUGAAAACAUCGCAGCAGAUCGCAUCAUCCUGGCGACCGGUGCAGGCACAGCCAAACUCAUCGCCGACAGUGCCCCGAGCAGAAAAGAGCUACAAAUCGACGGACGUCUAGUAGCCGGAGCGGUCGUCACUGGCAUCGUCAAUCUCGACCCAAAGAAUGGGCAGCAGUAUACCGAGAUUCCAGUCACAGUGCAUUCCGUCCUACCAACACGAGCGCCUUUGUCGGACCAAGAUCCAUACACCGUCAAGUUCUGCAGAGACGAAGCCUACAAGAACACCGUCAAACACGAAGCUUCCGGGCAAGAGUUCUCCUCUCCACCGAACGAGCCCGGUCAAGCGCAGAGGCAGCCGAACGAAGCUCUUAAGCAGCGGCUUGAACUAGUCAAGAACGGUAUACUGGGCGAGUCCGGGAAGGACGUUAAAUUCGACGAGUAUUGUGUGUGCUGGUAA